AUGAACCAACUCGCAUUACACAGUGCAAGCGCAAAGCAUUUCUUAAUAGGCGCAAUAAACACAACCAUCAUUCCUAAUCAAAGCUCACCUACUUUAGCACCUGCUUCCCCAAAUAGUACAAUAAUAACUUCUUCAUCUCACAGAGAAGAUGGUUUCCCGGACGGAUUUCAGGUGAUUGCGGAUACCACCUAUGAUGAUGGAACCAUAUUACUAAGGAUUCGACCGAACACCAAUAGGACUUGUGAAUCAGAGCCACUAUACCUAAGAAUAAUCACCACCGACGGAGCCAUAUUGUCGUUAAAUAUCAGCAGUGCUCAGUUGUCUCUGGGUAACUCGAGUUUUUGUUCGGCAGAGCCGGAAACAAGUUUCAGUUUGAAUCCGUAUUUAUAUGGGGAUGCGGCAAACAACAACUUGGCGAGCUCCGGUUAUUACACAGACAACAUCAAGAUAUUUGCCAUCGCUAGGAAUUACAUUCUGUUGAAUUAUCUAUGCAGAGAUCCUUCGCAAAGUCUUUUUUGUUGGAUGGUGUUGGAUUGGACGGGGAAUGUGUUAAAACGUGACAUGCCCAUAGGAGGGAACUGUGAUGCCUUGAGCGUCGUGCAAAACAUUAAUUCUCAAUCGGGAUUCUUGUGGGUAUGUUAUAUGAACUCGACCAGUCAACUGAAUUGGACGAAGGUCAGUUAUCCUGACACCACGGGUGACAUCUCAGUAAUAAAUUCCGGGACAAUAUACAACAUCCAAAAAUUCAGUCCCAACUUUACCUCCAUCUUCCCUACGGAAGAUGGUGGCUACGGUGUUGUGACAGCACAAUACACCUCCGUCGACAAUUCCACCGGCAUCGCUAGAUAUUACCCUCCUUGGACUGCGUUUGUAAACUUCAUUCCCCCGGGCACCGGGAACGAAACAAAGGGUCCCUUUCAAAUCUUUCAGCAAACCAAUCAAAUCCUCGUCUCGUUAAACGUGUUCCGGUGUACAAUCUCGUUUGCGUCAUUUGGAUAUAAUUGCAUCAUGUACCAGAUCCCGCUGAAUUCGAGUUCGAGUUUUUUGAGUUUGGAAUUUCUGAAGAGCGGCGCGGUAAUUAACACGACUACGAUUGAUGUGAACACAAAUAACCUAACAGAUCUGGUUGUGUGGGAUGCUAAAACUUUGUUCGAGGGAGGAUACUUGAUAAUGACCGAGAGAAAUCAUACGGUCGACGGAAAGGUGUACGCGAACAAUGGAGACUUUUAUAGUGAUUGGGAGAUGCCCACAAGCUUUAAUUAUACGCGACACGUGGGGGUAUUUCCGAACAACACCAUCUGGGCGAUUGCCCUGGGGAAUGAUAAUCGCACGUGGACUUACGUCUCGAAUUAUGGAUUUUCGAAUUACAGAGAUGUUCCGGAUCCGGGAGGCUACGGUAAUACCUUUGUCCUCUCUACCACCCCGCAAAAAGCCGCCACCAUUUCGGGAAGGGAAACUACAAAACUCAGCAUAAACUUCAAAAACCCGGUCGGCCUAACAAGUGACGGAAAUGUCUCUAUAUGGCAACUAAAUAGCUCUUCAUCACUAACGUACUCAACAUCUACCACAACAUCAUCAUUGUAUUUCCUGAACUUGAAUUCCGCAGACUCACUUUUGGGACUCCUAUCUAACUCAUCUUCAUCAUUGUCCCCUUAUCUCGCGUACGAAACCUCAUCAUCUGUUGCCGCUAUCUUACGGCAAACCUUUUCUGGAACAAAUUCACAGUUUGUGCGCCUAAUUAAUGGAAACACCACGGUGGAGUUUGACGCAUUGGAAAGUACAUUUAAUCAGAAGGGAGCGGUGUAUUUUGUGACCAUGGAUAGCGGGUUCGUGGAGGACAGCACAUUCGUGCAACCAUUGUUGGGGUUGAGACCGUUGGCUUGGAAUUUCACUACAAAUUCCGAUGAUCCAGAUACGAACUCUGGUUCCCUAAACGCAAUAAUCCGUCUAACGCCUACAGGCACAUCCUAUUACACCUCAUUAUCAAAGGAGAAUAGAACAAAUUUUAUCGAUCAAUUGUCCAAAGAAAUAUCAUCAAUAGUUCCGUGUUCAUCCUCCCGAUUGCACGUGAACAGACAUUAUCAGUUCGACAGAAGCGUUGAUAAAUCACAAAUUUUGAUGAGAGUCAGUGUGGACGCCGUCUCCUCGACAAACACGGGCUCGAGCUUGACAACUUUGGCAGGUAUCACCGGAGAGCGAAGUUCUUCAAGAGUAAUUCGUGAUCUAGACGUCUUGAUUCGGAAUCGGGACGUUACCAUGAUGUCACAGAAACCGUUCACAAGUUUUCUGGAUCCGAAUUAUGGAUGCCAGGUUUUACCUAACUUAUGGCUGAGAUACCGAUGGAUAUUAUUUGGAGUGUCUUUUGGAUUAUUGAUAUUACUCAUCAUAUUUUUAAUAUCUCGAAGCUUGCACAAGGAGGGGAGAAGUUUCGUGAUAUUCACAUUUACACUGAUAAUUGUGGAUUUCGUGAUGGAUAUAUUGUUUUUAAUAUUUCACGGUCAUGAUUUAAACUGGUUGUUCGAUGUUAGCAUCUCAUUUUUAAUAAUUCCCAUUGGCAUAAACAUCAUCUUCACUUUCAUAAUAAUAACCCACGAGACCGCUGAAAAUAACGGAUUCAGCGCAUGGUGGUUCAAAAAUCCAAAGGUUGCGUUGAUAUUCACAUUUCUUUCGAGCGCGGACGCGGAGUCUUUAGACGUUAUGUCGUCGGAAAGUGCAGAAGUAUCGGGACUGAGCGCUCCAUUCUCUGCCCGUGGAUUGAAGAAUAUUAUCAUGCUUAAUUUCUUCAGUAUUCUAAUUGAAGACUUGCCACAACUAGUUAUUCUGAUAUUAUAUCAGGCAUACACGAUCGUCCCGGCCAUAAUACCGAUAUUAACAUUAUCCUCAUGUAGUAUAGUAAUACCACUCAAAAUAGUGAGUUUAAUUUAUUUAUUGGCCCAGUACAAACAUCAGAAAUCCGAGGCAAAAAUACUACCAUCCGAAGAUGUUCGAUCAAAUGUUAAGGACAAACGCCGCGAAUCGUCCAGUGGUGAAGGAACGUAUGACCCUAUACUAUUUCCAAUAAAAAAUCCAAUCAACGAACCAAAAAUUGAUCUGGGUACAGAGGGAGACUUAAAACCUAUAUCCGAACUAGGUGGCAGUUCGGUAACACCCCUAAGAAAACCCUAUGAAUCCAAGCUAAUAGAACGGUUUGAUGCUCCCGAAGAACAACCGCCACCAUCACCACCCAAGAAAUCGCUGUCGUUUAGGCUGGGAUUGUUUGGUAGUAGGUCAAAGAAAAAUCAAGGUGGAAUCCUACCAACUCCAGAAAUGUUACGGCUCACAUUACCAAAAACUACUCAACAAUUUCUCACCUCAUACAACAUAACAUUAUUCGGAUGUAUCCGCGAUCCAAAAAAUUCACUCAUUUCAAGAUUUAAUUUAAAGAAAAAUGAACGGAUAAGCGUCAGAAGUUAUAUACCACGUACGGGGUUCCGGAUUAAUAUUGAAAGAAGACGUGUAAAACCUUCAGUUUUAAAGCCAAUUUUAUUCACACUUUUCGCCUCGGGUGCAUCAUUUGUCGCGGCCCUCACUUGUUUCGAACAUCGACGAAGAAAGAUUCGACGCGAAUACUUGCAAAAAAGUUUGUUUGGUGGAUAUGUCGGAUAUAGUGAAGACCAGUCGAAUAGUUCUGAAUGGUACAAAAUUGUUUCGCAGCAAUUCGAAACCCUCAAAAGAUCAAAGAUAUACCAAGAGAUCGAAGGAAAUUGGAAUCUCGUGAGAAAUAAAUGGUACUCGAUGGAUGAUGGUAAAAAGAUCUUGGCCGCUUUGAUUGGUGUCAACGCUGUGGUGUUUGGAAUGUGGCAAGUUGUCUCUUUGCAACCUUUGAUGAAUAAAUAUUUCGUCCAUCAUCCACUCUCUGGCCGAGUGAUCACCUUAUUCACGUCGAUGUUUAGUCAUCAGCAAUUUUGGCAUUUUGGAAUGAAUAUGAUGGCGUUGUACAGUUUUGGGGAUAUCAUCUAUCAUCUUUUUGGGAGAGAACAAUUUUUGGCAUUUUACGUUACCUCAGGGAUAGUUUCAUCAUGUGUGAGCCAUGUUGCUUCGCUGACAUUUAUGAACUGGAAAAACAUAGCACCAUCGUUAGGAGCAUCAGGGGCCAUUUAUGCUUGUCUUAGCGUUGUGGCCGUGGAAUAUCCAAACAUGUCAGUGGCUUUGAUCUUUUUACCUUUCCUACCCAUAAAGAUUAGCUAUGCCCUUUCUGCAUUGGUGGCAUUUGAUUUGUUUGGCAUUUUUUCUGGAAUGAGGAUGUUUGAUCAUUUCGCUCAUCUGUCCGGUGCAAUAUUUGGUAUUGUGUAUAAUAAAUUUGGGAAGGAGCAAUACUGGAAGAUUGCCGAGGCCUUGAAACAACAUUAA